UGGGGACAGACGUUUAACUCUUGCCAAGUCUCGCCGCUGCCGCGGCUCGUGGGCCUUGAGUUUCUCUUGAAGCAUGAGCCUCUUCGCCCGCAGCCACCAGCGCUGCGCGGGCCGCGGACAGUACGCGCCGGGGCCCGGGGCGCACAGCCUCAGGAUCCUCGGAGUACGAAGCACGGGCGCUCGCAACAGGCGAUCUGUGGGUGACCGCGUCUGCGGGAGAUUUUACCAUCCCUCCUCUGGGACUUGGGGAGAAAGAACCAGCAGCUCCCCAACCCCUCCCCCUCCGCCACCAUUUCGGACACCCCGCAGGGACGCGUUUUGGAGUUCCCUCUGACUUCCAGGAAGGACGCGAGCCCCUCUGUGACUCCAGCUCAGGCGGCCACCUGUCUUUGCCGUGCUGACCCUUCUUCCAUGACCCUGCGGUGCCUCGAGCCCUCCCGGAAUGGCGCGGAUGGGACGCAGAGCCAGUGGGGGACCUAUGGGUCAGCCGAGGAACCAGCCCCAGAGGCAGCACGCCUGGCGAAGGCCCUGCGCGAGCUGGGUCAAACAGGAUGGUACUGGGGAAGUAUGACUGUUAAUGAAGCCAAAGAGAAAUUAAAAGAGGCGCCAGAAGGAACUUUCUUGAUUAGAGAUAGUUCGCAUUCAGACUACCUACUAACAAUAUCUGUUAAAACGUCAGCUGGACCAACUAAUCUGCGAAUUGAGUACCAAGAUGGGAAAUUCAGAUUGGAUUCUAUCAUAUGUGUCAAGUCCAAGCUUAAGCAAUUUGACAGUGUGGUUCAUCUGAUUGACUACUAUGUUCAGAUGUGCAAGGAUAAGCGGUCGGGCCCAGAAGCCCCCCGGAAUGGCACUGUUCACCUCUAUCUGACCAAACCRCUCUAUACAUCUGCACCAUCUCUUCAGCAUCUCUGUCGACUCACCAUUAACAAAUGUACCGGUACCGUCUGGGGACUGCCUUUACCAACAAGACUAAAAGAUUACUUGGAAGAAUAUAAAUUCCAGGUGUAAGUGUUUCUGUUUUUCUAAACAUCAUCAUAUCGAGUAUCUCCAAAUGCAGCUAUGUAAGACGACACCAAAACUUGAGCGACUGGAUAACUGCACAGAAUUCUAAAAACAGCUGAAGUCAACCUAAUUUAAAUGCGUAAAGAGGUASCUAGGUAUUUAAAAUUCCCCUAGAYMUUUUCACCUGAGUGAUGCUUCCUUUCCUAAGGCUGAYCAAGAUCAGUUGAUCCUUUUAACUAAGAAAUAAAAUGCCCCAAGUAAAGGCUGAGGGAGCAUUUUAUCAGAAUGCCUUGUCUUUCUGAAGUUCCUUUGCCUUAGGUCCAAGGUCCAAGUUCCAAGUUCCAAGCUCCAAGCCCCAGUAACAAAGAGGGAGUGGAGUACUGAAGAAGCUAAAGGAACCAAGCUGAUGCAGGCUUAACCUUGCGUUUAUACGCCUGAUGAUCAGUAUCUUUAAGGACAUUUUAUAUGUUGCAUUCUGAUGUACGUAGUUUUGUCGAACACAUCAUGCUUGUGAGUAUUUAUCCCUCAUUUUAUGCAAUUAACCAAAUCAACCAAAAAAAAAAAAAAGUGACCAUGAGAUCCUGUAUUUGUCUUUUUACUACAGGUAUGAACUCUCCUGUGAAUGAGUACUGUAGUAACCCAUUUCAGGGGAGCCUUAUUUCAGAAAUAUUUCAAACUGGUGCAAAUGGAAAAGACUUUCUCUUUUCCUUUAAGGCUAAAGACAAGAAUGUCAUGCUCUACAGGUGCAACUCAAUCUCUGUUAAUAAAAACCAGUGUAGAUAUAGACAUUUUACCCUUUGAAGUAGCUGUGCCCCAAACUGUUGCCAUUGAUUUUUUUGGAAAUGGCUUUAGAAAUUUCCCAGUCCUUGAAUUGUCUAACCACGGACAUCAGCAGUUGUCUCCCUUCUACUGUGUAGAAUACCUUGACUUAAUUUUCUUCCAUAUAUAGGGGGAUACCUGCCUGUUUUUCAAAGUGUUUAUUUACUGCUGUUACUAUUUGAUUAGAAUGUAUUAAAUA